UUAAUUAUUAUGUUAAAUCGAUCUUAUAUUUUAGAUACUCGAUGCAGAAGAUUGCAAGUCUAUUAAAGAUCGCGAAAGAGUAUUAAAAAAGAAAUUGGGUUCGUCUCUCUCCUCAAAUGAAUUUUGUUACCUAAAUACAUUAAUGAAAGUUUCUUUUCCUCUUUCGGAUGAGUAUUGUGCAGCUAAUAAUUCGCAACGUCAUAUAAAAAUGACAGAAAUUUUCAGUAUUAUUUUAAAUCAAGUGUGUGAUAGUUAUAAUUAAAUAAAUUUUAAUGAAAUUUUUCAUAUUAAACUUUUGUACGCUACAGAGUGAUAAAAUGUGUAUAUUUUUGGAUGAUUUUCAUUAUACUGAUUCGAUGUCCUGGCAUUUUGUGUCAUUAGCCUUGGGCAAUAUUAACGUAGUAACAGUAAUAACUACUCUAAAUCCACCUUUUGAUAUCGAAAACUUCGACGUAGAGGAAAAUUUUUUUGAAGAUAGAAGAUUAAUAAAAAUUACUUUAGACGGACUAGAUAACCAAUUGUUAACUGGGUUUGCCUGUCAAUUUCUUAAUGUUGUCGCAAUACCUAAAUGUUUGGACGCGAUUAUAAAAAAAUAUAGUCAAAACGAUAUAGGCUGGUGUGAAACAUAUUUGAGUUUGACUUUGCAAAGUAAUGGACUUGAUUUUUUAACUAUGACUAGCACUGAAUUAAAACAAUAUAAUCUUAUUUUCCCGGAAUCUUAUAUGAUAAGAAAAGUGCCGUCUGAUUUGUUCCCGGAAGACGUGAUACCUUAUUCUAAAACAAAUCUCUUUCCUAUUUGUAUAACUAAUGAAAAAUAUAUUGGUUUUGCUGAUGCCACUUUGAAUUAUAGUGGUAACUAUUAUAAUAUCUGAAUGUUAAUGAAUUUGAUGCGUAUUAAAAAGAAACAUGUGUGUAAUAUGAUUAUAUCAUUUUAGGUUUGAAAAUGAUGAUUUAUGAAAGGAUGAAUUUGUAUCAGAAAGAAUUUAUCAAAUGUGCUGCGGCAAUCGGUCAACUUUUUGUACGGACGAUGGUUCAAACUCUUAUAAUAAAUUCAACGGCAAAGCAUAUAGCUGAAAGCAAGUAAAUUAUGUUGUUCGAUGAUUAUAUUAUUUUGUAAAAUUAUUUAUUUUUUAUUUUGCAGUCGUGUCCGAACUAAUUCGAAUACGAGUAGUGGAAUGUGCUUCUAUACAAAGACAUCUAUUUCAUAACGAUAAUUAUUUCUAUAGUUUACUUAUAAAACGAAAAACAUUCUCUAAUAUGCAUCAUUUGGUACAAUGUAAUUGCCCGGUCUCUCGUGAGUUAUCCACUAUUAAACGUUUCACCUAAAUCGUGAAAAAUCAAAUCUGUUUUGAUUUUUAAAGACAACUUUGGGAUAUCAGAAUUACCUACUUAUUCUAAUUGCAAGAUAUUGGAAUUUAAGAUUCUCUCGUUUCAUAAAAUGUUGUACAAUAUGUUGCAAAGGAGUACAAAAAAUUACUAUUGGUACAAAGCUUGUAAGAUAUACAGACGAGAAACUCAUAAAUGUGAAGGAUGUGGUGGCGGUUCCUUUUCAAAAACAUUCUUUAGAAAUUUAUCGGAAGAGGUGAAGGAUGUUAUGUUAUCCCUCUUAUAUUUUAUUUUAUUAGUACUUUUUUCAUGCAAUUUCUUUAUUCUUAAGAAUUUCUUUCAUGAUUCAUUUCAUUUUCUACUGUAAAUCUCCUUCCUCUAUUUUUUGCCAAGUUCGUCGUAUCAUUAUUGCAGAUCAUAACUACCGACGUAUUUAGAGAACCAAAACGAAAUAUUCUUAAAACUGAUAUUCAACAAUUUUUGGAGUCUAUUUCUAAAAUAUCUGUAUUGUCAUUCUCUGAGUAUGGUGAAGAAGAGGAACAAAUAGAAGGUCACAUUUCGCUUUGUACAUAUUCAUUUUUGUCAUAUAUCUUUCAUCGAAAUUAUAUCUCAUAUUAUAAAUUUUUCAUCAGACGUUAUAAAUGUAUCAAAUCAUAUCCUAUAUGAUAAAAUCAGAUUAAAAUUUUUAAGACGAUCGUUUGUUACACCUGAAAGAAUAACCGAUCCUUCUCAUAUUUUUUUAAAAGAAUUCAAUUCUAUCGACUAUAGAAGUUGUUAUUGUUACGACAAAAUUAACUGUAUAUAUUGGCAAUUGAGUCAAUAUGUCGAACAAAUAGGUAAUUUUUUAUUCAUUUGAUCCUAGUAUAUUAAGAAUAUACUUCAUUUUUUUAUCAUAUUUUAUAUUAUUAUUAUUUUUUAUAUUAUUUUAUACUAGCAAGAAUAUAAUUUU